GCAGAGAGAUUGUUGUCGAAAGCACAAGACUCGGUGUCGAAUCGUAAUUACUACUAGUUCUUUGCGCGAUCCAUUGCCAACCUUUUCUGCCUUUGCUGGAUUCCUGUGUUUGCAUCUGCAUCUCGUAGGAGAGAAAGGAAUCUGUCAGUAGCAGGAACAGGCACUGUACAUGCACUAGUAAAAGAGAUGCUGCGGGAAAUUAAGACAAACAAUCAGCUUCUCGAACCAAGAGGAAUCAGAAUCGACCCAUCGAAUCGGAUAACGAAAGCAUGGCACGGCACACCAGACGGCACCAGAGAAUGACGGGGACCGACAAGCGCUGUCGCGUCCGAUGCCCCGAAACGCCGGCUCUGUCUCUGUGGCUUCUCGGGUCGCUGCUGUUGCUCGGCCUCGACGGGUGGUGGGCCACGAGAAACACCAAAACCGGGAAGACCACAACCACCACCGCCGAAGCCGUGGAGUGCCGCGACAACCGGUGCAUCCCCGGCUGCGAAUGCACCGAUCCCGACCAGAUCGUGUGCGCUUCGGAGUUCGGGACCAUGGGAUGGAUCCCACCCGACGAUGCCGAGGAGUCGGUCCUGGACGAAAUGCCCCCGAAAGUGAGUCGUGUCGGUGUGUGUUGUGUUUGUCAACAGUGUUUGCUGGCACGGCACGCUACGGUGCCUGCUGUUUGUCUUGCGGUACCGAGGGCCAAUAUGCGCGCAGGUUCGCAGGUUGUCCCGUGUUGUUGCUCACGGCACUCGGUUCUUUUCUGUUCUAUUUUGUCUUGUUGUUUUGUUCCAUUGCUUCCAUUCCUCUUCUUUCCGAAAACACAACACAAAAAUUCCGGUGUGCUUUGCAUCCGCCAAUCAUUUUGCCGUGCAUGUGCGUCACUUGCGUGUCUGAUCCGGCAUUCCGUUCUAUUCCAUUUCGUGGCACGACGCGAUUGGUACUCGCACGCAAUGCAUGCAUACACGACAAAUCAAUGCAUUGCAUUGCGUUGCAUUACUGCAUUGUUCGCCUUUCAUCGAACCGAUCCGAAUCGAAUCGAAUCGAAUCGAAUGCGACCGUUGCCAACAACAAUCCAUCAGUACGAAAUAAAAUACAACCAGCUCAAACCGACCGGGAUGAGGGGGGAAGCAAACCGAAAGACGGGCAUCGGAGCCGGGAUCGGAAAGAUCCUCAACAUCACCAACACCACGAUGGAAGGAGAGAUCUAUUUCGAGGUCGACCCGGAUAUUAUGGUGCAGAUCACCAGCGGGUUUUCGAAGCGGGCCGUUGCCGAGCUCUACGGUGGCAUCGACAUUGGUCUCUCGCCCUGCGACGAGGGGAUCGUUCUGGGAAAGGAAUUGAUAAACAUGACCGGCGUCGACGAUCGCGUGGACAAUUUCAACUACGACAUGGUGGUCUUUGACGAUUACAACAACCAGCGCUUUUUCGAAACCAGCGAGGACCAGGAACGGGAAAGGGUACCGGUGGACUGCCACCCGCGAUCGACCAACGGAAAGAUUGGUGCGGUGCGCUUCUCGCUCGAGGAUCCCUUCUACUACAACGAAACAUCGGCUUCGAUCAUGAAUAUCUGGUAUCCCCUCAAGGGUUCCAUGCCCAUCGGUAGGUAUUUCGUUGCUGUGCCGUGCCGUGCUGUGCUUGUUGUUGGUGUGUGAAGUUUGCUCGAAAUGCUCUUUCUCUCUGUGUACUACCAAAAACUGGGAUGACUUGCUCACGCGUCUGGAACUUCGCCUUGCUUCUUUUGGGAAACGACACACCCAACAAACAAAACAGGGACCCUCGAAUUCUGCGUGCGCCUCAGCUUGUUCGAGGAGAACAACAGCCAAACAGUGGCAUCCUUUCUCGACACGAAAUUCAAAAUCGAGGUGACCGAACCCACAGAAGAGAACAACUACACACGUUUCACCGACGAGUUCUCGGACGUAAAGGUCUACUCGAACCAAAUGAUUGGUCCCGACGAGGACCAGCUCGAGGAGGAGGUGCGGGGGAAUGCCACGGAGGCCAACUCCACCGCCUCGUCUGGGGAGGACGAGGACGCGGUCCCGUUUCUGCCGAAGCUCGUCAUCGAGGCGGUCCUGUGCGGAUCGCCCCUCGAGAGCGACGAAGUCGGUGUCUACAAUUCCCUGAGGACCUUUUAUACGGGGCAGACAUUUCGAAUCUGCGUCGGCCCCUCAAAGGGUUACGAAAACAAAUACCACGUGCUAGGAUUCGACUCGGUGGUGUGCAGAAGCAACAAGAAAGAGACCAUAAUCGUCGAAGAGGGAGGUGGUCUUUCGUCUCCGCUGACCAUUGUCGAGAACGAGACCAUCGGUUUUGCCUUGGCCAAUGGCGGGUCUGUUGAGUACAACGGAGUCAUCAGCCUUGAUGCCAUUGUCAAUUCCGACCUGUCGUCGUCCGAAGAGUUCUUCGAGUGCGAAGGUAUCGUGUUUGUGAAGGAUUUGAGCCUGGAAGGGGAGGCGGAAGGGGAUCCCCCGGAAGGCGACGGGGACGGCAACGGCGAACGACAGCGUGAACGCCAACGCGGACUAACAAGCGCACGCAACAAUACCGACAACGGAGGCAACGACGGCAACAAUAGCACCACCAACAAUCCGAACACUGGCCGGAAUCCGAGUCCUCUGGAGUGGAUCGAACGGUAUCUGUACCGAGUCUUGCAAGACGAAACGGAACCCGAAGCCGACGUCGAUAGCCGCAACGGCGAAGGCAACCGCAAACGACAGCGUGAACGCCAACGCCGACUGACAAGCGCACGCAACCAUACCGACAACGGGGGCAACGACGGCGCCAUCAGCAAUCCGAACACUGGCCGGAAUCCGAGUCCUCUGCAGUGGAUCGAACGGUAUCUGUACCGAGUCCUGCAAGACGAAACCGAAGCCGACGAGACCGUUGGUGGGGACGAUGGCCAAGGCGAAGAACCGGAGGUCUUUUACGACUAUCUGGGCAUUUUUUCGAUUAAGAUCGAUCGCGUACCCAAAGAUACCCUCGGUAACAAGGUUUCCCGCGCCACCGACAAAGUCAAGCAGUGGUUUUCAUUCGGUAGUGGAAACAACGGCGGUGAUUCCUCGGGGAGCGGUGCUCCUUCAUCGGUGGUGCAAUCCACACCAACGGUUUUGUUGUGCUGUGCUGGUUUCGGAAUGCUAAUCUCGUACUGGCAGUGAGGAAGCCCUGGGUGCGAUUUGUUUUGCCUUGUCAACGUCGAUGCAACCACUAUUUGUUAUCCUUAUUGCCAUACUGACCGGCGCGUGUAUAUUCUUAUAAUUGUAAUACAUAAUAUGUGAAACA